AAUAAUCAAAAUUUUAAGGUAUUAAAAAGCAUUGUACAAAGCUAGAAACAGAGAUGAGAUUAGUCAAUUCUACUCGGGUUAUCAUCUUCGUUCUUUUUACCGUGUUUAUGACAAUUUGUUCCAAUGAUUUAAAAAAACCAACAAUUUUAAUAACGAUUCUAGUACGUAAUAAGGCACACACGUUACCAUACUUCUUGACCUUUUUGGAACAACUGAAUUAUCCUAAAGAACGAAUACAUCUCUGGAUAUGUAGCGAUAAUAAUGUCGAUAAAUCAACUGAAAUAUUAUCUACAUGGCUAAACCACGAAGGUAGCGAGUAUCAUGGAAUAGAAAUAAAUCUCGAUGAAAAAUCAAGCGGAUUUGAAGAUGAAAAUGGAAUUGCUCAUUGGUCAACACAAAGAUUUUUACACUUGAUAAAUUUACGGGAGGAUGCACUUAACAAGGGAAGAAAUAUGUGGGCAGAUUUCAUUUGGCUGCUCGAUGCAGACGUUUUUCUAACGAAUCCGAAUACUCUUGACGAAUUAAUAUUAAAAAAUGAAACUGUUGUUGCACCGUUGUUAAAAUCUGAUGGUUUGUACAGCAAUUUUUGGGCUGGUAUGACCGAUGAUUACUAUUACUUGCGAACUGAAAAAUACGAACCAAUCUUGUUUCGGGAGGAAAAAGGAUGUUUCAACGUGCCUAUGAUUCAUAGCGCGGUACUUAUAGACUUAAGAAAACACCUUUCAGAUCGUUUGACGUACGAUCCGAAAAAUUUGAAUGAAUACGAUGGCCCUACGGACGAUAUUAUAACUUUUGCCGUCGGUGCUAAUAAAUCUGGCGUCUCAUUAUUCGUUUGUAACGAUAACAUUUAUGGGUUUGUCAUGGUACCGUUGGAAGAAGGAGAAACGAUCACGGAAGAUCUACUAAGACUGAUCAAUAUUAAGACAGAAAUAUUAGCGGAUGAUAAUUAUCUACCUUUAUCCAUGCACCUCGAACAAUUUGUACAAUAUCCUGUCGAAGAUACAUUAGAAGUGGAUAGUAUUUAUAUGAUAAAUCUGUUAAGAAGGCCAGAAAGACGAGAUAGAAUGCACAGACUUUUUAAAGAGCUCGGACUUCGAGUGAAAACUGUUGAUGCUGUCGACGGUAGGGCAUUAAAUCAGUCUGUUCUUGAAAAUUUUGGAAUUGAAAUGAUGUCGGAAUAUACUGAUCCUUAUCACGAGAGACCAAUGACUAUGGGUGAAAUCGGUUGUUUUCUAAGUCAUUACGUUAUUUGGAACAAGGUAAUAGAAAGUGGUUUCAAAAGUAUUAUAAUCUUAGAGGACGAUGUUCGAUUUGAACCGUACUUUCGGCAAAAAGUAAAGUACAUUUUAAAAGAAUUGGAUGACCUUCAGUUUCAAUGGGAUUUGGUCUAUUUAGGAAGAAAAAGAUUAGUGGAAAAUGCUGAAUCUCGAGUCGAUGGAUCAAAAUAUUUAGUACAUGCUGCCUACAGUUACUGGACGUUAGGAUACAUUUUGUCGGCGAGUGGGGCAAGAAAACUCCUAGAAGCAAUGCCGUUAAAAAAAUUAAUACCUGUCGACGAGUAUCUUCCGAUAUUGUCCAAUGCUCACCCUAGGGAAGAUUGGAAAGUACACUAUCCAAAACGAAAUUUGAUAAUACUCUCCGCAAAUCCUUUAUUAAUUUAUCCAACACAUUACACUGGCGAACAAGGAUAUGUCAGCGAUACAGAAGACUCUACGACUGUAUUUGGUAAACAAAACACAAUGAAACCAAAACGGGAGGACCUAUGA